CAUCACAAAUUAGUAAAUACCCAAAAAAUAAAAAUGUCUGUUAGCAAUCAUGAGAACCGCAAGUCCCGUUCCAGUACAGGGUCCAUGAACAUCCAUCUUUUCCACAAGCCUGGCCAUGCUGACAGCCUACUAACACAGCUGAACCUCCUUCGCAAACGGUGCCUCUUCACAGAUGUAGCCUUGCUGGCGGGGAACCAAGCCUUCCCUUGUCAUCGGGCUGUACUAGCUUCCAGCAGCCGUUACUUUGAGGCAAUGUUCAGUGGUGGUCUGAAAGAAAGCCAAGAUAGAGAAGUCAACUUCCAUGAUGCACUGCAUCCUGAGGUGCUGCAGCUGCUUCUAGAUUAUGCAUACUCUGCAAGGAUUAUCCUUAAUGAAGAGAACGCAGAGUCCUUGCUUGAAGCUGGAGACAUGCUACAAUUUCAUGACAUUAGAGAUGCAGCUGCAGAGUUCCUCGAGAAAAAUCUACAUGUAGCCAACUGCUUAAACAUGAUGUUAAUAUCGGAUGCACAUUGCUGUGAGAGAUUGCUCGAAUUAUCCUGGAGAAUGUGUCUAUCAAAUUUUGUGGAGUUGUCAAAAACAGAAGACUUCCUCAGGUUACCAAAGCUGAAGCUGAUGGAACUGGUCCUUAGUGAAGAACUGGAGGUGGAAGAUGAAAGUUUAGUGUAUGAAGCAGUGAUGGGUUGGAUAAAAUAUGAUUUGUGCCUUCGUUUUGAUGAUCUACCAGAUGUACUGCGCUGUGUUAGGUUAGCUCUUCUGCCAGAGCAAUAUUUGCGAAGUCUAGCCACAGACAACUUGGUGGUUCAAAAUAAGGUGGCAAAAGCAAUUGUUGAAGAAGCAACCCAAUGCAGGAACAAGAUUCUGCAGAAUGAUGGCUUAGUGACUGGAUUUUGUGCUCGUCCUCGUAAAGUCAGUCAGGCCCUGCUGCUGUUAGGUGGACAAACCUUUAUGUGUGACAAAAUCUAUGUAAUGGACCAAAAGACCACAGAGAUAAUACCUAAAACUGACAUUCCCAGUCCACGUAAAGAAUGUAGUGCAUGUGCAAUUGGAUGCAAAGUUUAUGUUACUGGAGGAAAAGGGGCAGAAAAUGGAGCAUCAAAAGAUGUCUGGGUGUAUGAUACAUUACAUGAUGAGUGGUCUAAGGCAGGACCCAUGCUUGUUGCUAGGUUUGGACAUGGUUCAGCAGAACUAGAUAACUGCUUAUAUGUGGUUGGAGGACAUACCGCAAUCACAGGAACCUUUCCCGCAUCCCCUUCUGUCUCCCUUAAGCAAGUGGAACAUUAUGACCCCCAAGUUGACAAAUGGAGCUUGGUAGCUCCCCUUCGAGAAGGGGUCAGCAAUGCUGCAGUUGUAGGAGCAAAGAUGAAGCUUUUUGUUUUUGGAGGUACCAGUGUCAACCGUGAAAAACUCCCCAAAGUUCAGUGUUUUGAUCCAAUCCAAAACAGAUGGACUGUACCUGCCACCUGCCCUCAGCCCUGGCGUUACACUGGAGCUGCUGUUUUAGGAAAUCAUGUCAUUGUUGUAGGAGGUGACACUGAGUUCUCUGCCAGUUCAGCCUACCGUUUUAACAGUGAGACUUAUCAGUGGUGCAGAUUUGGAGAUGUUUCUUCAAAAAGGAUUAGCUGCCGUGCAGUUGCCUCUGGCAAUAGGCUGUAUGUAGUAGGUGGGUACUGUGGAUCCCAGAGGGGAAAGACUUUGGACUGUUAUGACCCUUCAAGUGAUACAUGGAGCAGUGUGACCACAGUGCCCUACUCUCUGAUCCCAACAGCCUUUGUCAGUACAUGGAAAUAUCUCUCUGCUUAAACCAGAAGAGUAUCCAGUAUAAUUUCUUUGGUGAAUAAGAACAGCGCUGUGGUGGGGGCUUCCUGUAACGCAAGGUUGUUGCUAAUGUCUGCCUGGAUACCAACAGUGGCAACAGAUGUCAUAUCAGUGUUAAAAAGUGAAAACGGACCCGCUACGGACCUGUUCCACUGCUGUUUCAUGCAUGAGUGACUUGUACACUUGGUAGAAGUUUGUCAUUUUAUAUUAAAAUGACUUUCUUGAAUGUUAAAAAUGUUGAGAUCUCUCAUGGACGUAAAAAAAAAAGAGUAACUGUUUUCCCAAGCACACUCCUAUAAAGUCCAGUAGAAUGUCAUACAGCUGUGAUUGUUUUUGGUUUCUUUUUUUACAUAUCUGAUUUUGAGAAGACAAUUGUGUAGAAGUGACUGUCAAAUUGUGAACCUAGUAA